AUGGCCCGUAUCCCAGAGUGCACUAUUCUGCUUCUUCUGUGUAUGUGUGUACUGGCUGUACCUGCACAGUGUUUCAACCUGCAGCCCUGUGUACUAGUCAACGAGACCGUGUCCGUGGAGAAAGAAGGCUGCCCGAGGUGCCUGGUGUUCCGGACCACCAUCUGCAGUGGACACUGCCCGACCAAAGAGCCUGUGUACAAAAGCCCAUUCUCCGUGGUGAACCAGCACGUGUGCACAUACGGCAACUUCCGCUAUGAGACGAUUCGUCUGCCUGACUGUGCUGAUGGGGUGGACCCUUUGGUGACCUAUCCAGUGGCCCUGAGCUGUGAGUGUAGUUUGUGCUCCAUGGAUACGUCUGACUGCACCAUCGAGAGUGUGGAACCCGACUUCUGCAUGAGUCAGAGACUGCCUGUUUAUGAGAGUCAGAAACCGUCUCUCUAUGACUAUUAGCGUUCUGUUCUCUCA